AUGAUGAUUAAUCUUGCAUUGGGCCCUGGAACAGAAAAUGACAGUAGUGGGAAGACUGGUGAUAUCUUCUUUGUGGGUCAGGAAUUUGAGAGUGGCUUGGCUGGUGGUUCUGUCUCAGGGUCUCUCAUGAAGCUGCAGUCAGGAUGUCAGCUGGGGUUGCAGUCAUCUAAAGGCUUGACUGGUGCUGGAGGAGCCAUUUCCAGAGUGACUCACUCUGUGGACAGGACUCAUAGCUGUGGACAGGAGGUCUCAGCUCCUCACCAUGGGGACGUGUCCAUAGAGUCACUCGAAUAUUCUCACUACAAGGCAGAUGACUUCCUUCAGAACAUAGCUCUAAGUGAUUGUUUUCUUCUGAACUUGGAAAUGGACUAUACCGUGUACUACAACAUCUCCAAUCACAGUGCGGAUCUCCCCAUGAAUGAUGACUGGUUCCAACCGGGGAUCCUCUAUGUCAUCCCUGCAAUUUAUGGGGUUAUCAUUCUGAUAGGCCUCAUUGGCAACAUCACUUUGAUCAAGAUCUUCUGUACGGUCAAGUCCAUGAGAAACGUGCCGAACCUGUUCAUCUCCAGUCUGGCUUUGGGAGACCUGCUCCUCCUGAUAACAUGUGCUCCCGUGGAUGCCAGCAGGUACCUGGCCGACAGAUGGCUGUUUGGCAGGAUUGGCUGUAAACUGAUCCCCUUUAUACAGCUUACCUCGGUGGGGGUGUCUGUCUUCACGCUCACGGCGCUCUCGGCAGACAGGUACAAAGCCAUUGUCCGGCCAAUGGAUAUCCAGGCCUCUCAUGCCCUGAUGAAGAUCUGCCUGAAAGCCGCCUUGAUCUGGGUCAUCUCUAUGCUACUCGCCAUCCCAGAGGCUGUGUUUUCUGACCUCCAUCCCUUCCAUGAGGAAAGCACCAACCAGACCUUCAUUAGCUGUGCCCCAUACCCACACUCUAAUGAGCUGCACCCCAAAAUCCACUCCAUGGCUUCCUUUCUGGUCUUCUACAUCAUCCCACUGUCAAUUAUCUCUGUCUACUACUACUUCAUUGCCAAAAACCUGAUCCAGAGUGCUUACAAUCUUCCUGUGGAAGGGAAUAUACAUGUCAAGAAGCAGAUUGAAUCCCGGAAGCGACUUGCCAAGACAGUGCUGGUGUUUGUGGGCCUCUUUGCCUUCUGUUGGCUCCCCAACCACGUCAUCUACCUGUACCGCUCCUACCACUACUCUGAAGUGGACACCUCUAUGCUCCACUUCGUCACCAGCAUCUGUGCCCGUCUCCUGGCCUUCACCAACUCCUGUGUGAACCCCUUUGCCCUUUACCUGCUAAGCAAGAGUUUCAGGAAACAGUUCAACACCCAGCUCCUCUGUUGCCGGCCUGGCCUGAUAACCCGAUCUCACAGCACUGGCAGAAGUACCACCUGCAUGACCUCCCUCAAGAGUACCAACCCCUCCGUGGCCACCUUCAGCCUCAUCAAUGGAAACAUCUGUCAUGAGAAGUACGUCUAG